AUGAGCAAGACCGAGUUUGAUAGGCAUUCGAGGCCAAUGGAGGCACACCGAUCAUCAAAAUACAACUUCAACAUCGAAGUCUCAAACAUCGUAUCAGCUAUGGGUAGAAUCACGGAUACCAGAUGGCUAAAGCCUGCACAGUCAGAUCCUUCCCGAAAGAACCCCAAAUUCAUGUGUGAAUACCAUGGCAUUCACGGUCAUAGGACCGAGGAUUUUAGGCAACUCCGAGAGGAGGUGUCCCGACUGAUCAACGAAGGGCACCUUCGAGAAUUCCUCAGCAAUCUAGCCAAGAACCACUUUCGAGAAAGAUAUACGAACGGAAUGAAUGGGCCGGGAGAACCUCAGCACAUCAUCCAUAUGAUCGUUGGAGGAACUAAUGUCCCACAUGGACCCAUGUCCAAAUGGGCCAAAGUGUCCAUUGCAAUAGAAAUGCAAACUCGAAGAUACUUCCCCGAAGACGCCCUUACAUUUAGAGAAGAAGACAUCGGGACCUUGUCCCAACCACAUAAUGAUGCACUGGUAAUUAUUUUUCUUUUUAAUAACGUUCAAAUUAGACGUGUGCUCGUGGAUCCAGGUAACUCGGCCAGCAUAAUCAGGUCAAAGGUGGUGGAGCAGCUCGGACUGCUCGAUUAG